CCUCUUGGUCUCUAACUAUAAUAAAUACACCCACAGAGUGUACAAAGUGUGCUCUUACCGACAUCUGGAGGGCACACGGUUUGCAGACUGGCCCCGCUUGUAUUUCCGCGUUGAAGUUGGAGACUAAAGUGGGACAGGGCUGCUGUGUUACGUUUGGGGAAGUUGCUCAAUAUCGGAAAGACACAUUAUUACGAGACUGUGAGCAACAUAUCGUGAGCAAAACAUCAUUUUGUUCUGCUUGCAUGGGUUCACUCAAUGGCGGAUAAUUAACACCCAUGCCGGCGGUGUAAGUUGUAUAGCAAGUCGGUUUAACUGUCACAAAGUGAGGUUGUGUCAGUGUUUGGUCGUAGAAUGAAUAACUCAGUUACUUCCGCUACUUAUAUUCGCAAACUCAGCUACAGUUUACGUCGCAGGUUGUCCGACUUUUUGGACCCUCAAAACGGGUGGAGAGAUGUUAUUACCUCGAUACGGAAGCCGAGUGGUGAGUUGAGGUACACUCAGCUUCACGUGAGGAGGUUCGAAGGCCUUGUCGCACAGGGUAAAAGCCCCACAGUGGAGCUGCUGGUUGACUGGGGGACCACUAACAGUACAGUGGGAGAACUUGUGGACAUUUUGAAGAGUCACAAGCUAUUGGCUGCUGCUAGUGUCCUGCUGCCUGAGGCGGUGGCCGUCUCACAGGAGACACAGCCGGCCUCUCCAGCUGUGGAAACAAACAGCAGGCUAUCAGCUAGACUACUGGAAGAGACGGAGACACGUCCACCAUCUGACAUCUCUGUUCUGCAGCCACAGAUUCCUCUGGAGAGCAGUGAGCCAGACCACGCAGACGGCUUCUCCAGUUUCUUGUACCACGAGCUGAUGCAGAUUACAGGCAACUUUGAUGACCGUCCCAUAUCAGACGGCGGCAGCAGACUGGGCGAGGGGGGCUUCGGCACUGUGUACAAAGGGCUCAUUAAUGACAAACCUGUUGCAGUGAAAAAGCUCAAUCCAAUGGAUGACAUCUCCCUGGACGAGCUGCGAGUGCAGUUCAACCAAGAGGUCCAGACUCUGAAAGUGUUGAAACAUGAAAACUUGGUUGACAUGGUUGGAUUUUCCUGUGAUGGACAGCACCCAUGUUUGGUGUACGCCCUUAUGGUCAAUGGUUCUUUGCUAGACCGACUAGCUUGCUUGGAGGGAAGUCCCCCGCUGUCCUGGCGACGGAGGUCCUUGAUAGCUGAAGGGACAGCGAGUGGCUUGGAGUACCUGCACAGCAACCAUCAUGUCCACAGAGAUGUUAAAAGUGCAAAUAUCUUGAUAGAUGAACAAUUUGUGGCAAAGAUCUCAGACUUUGGGCUGACGAGAGCGUCGGCCAAGCGGACGUCAACAACCAUGAUGACGGAGAGGAUUGUGGGUACCCGUGCGUACAUGGCACCUGAGGCGCUUAGAGGAGAGAUCACACCGAGAUCUGAUGUCUUCAGCUUUGGAGUGGUGUUGUUGGAAAUAUUGUCUGGACUCCCGCCAGCCGAUGAAAAGCGUGAGCCACAGUUCUUGAUGGAGUUGAGGUAUGAUAUAGAUGAUGAAGACGAGGAGCUGACUUUUGAGGACUUCCUGGACAAAACGAUGUGGGACUGGGACCUGAGCCAGGUAGAGAGCGUCUACUCUUUGGCCUGUAACUGCCUCCACGACAGGAAGAACAGACGGCCGGUCAUCAAACAGGUCCUGCUGGAGCUUAAAGGAGUUGUCAAAAGCAUUUCUCUGGAUUCGAAGGCCCAGGAGUGAAGCAGAGCAUCCCACAGAAGAUCUGAGCCUGCUUUAGUCACGGUGCACACACUGACAAAUUCAUUUUCUUCUGAAGUUUUAGAGGAAUUAAUUACUUUUUCUCUGUGACUUACAAAAAUAUUUUUUUAAAUCCUAUUUCUUAUGUUUAAGAGGAAUACAACUUGGUGUCACUUUUUCUACAGCAUGUUGUGAGGCUAGUAUGUGAGGAAAGGAACUGUAUUUAUUGUCAAAGAAUAAAAUGAAUGAAGC